AUGGCUGAAGGGGAGUAUGAUGAUGCGACAUUGGUGUUGUCGAUAAUUGUAUCCUUUUCCAUUACAAUCAUCCUAGCCAUUGUAUUUUGCAUCUACAAGAUAUUCUUCUCCAGACAACGCAUUAAUGGGGAAUACCAAAGUUUAUCGUCAUCUAUUACGGAUAAUUUAUUAGGAUCACACCUGAAUGAUGUACCACGAGAAUUUCUUAAUGAUGAAGAGAGCUUGACGCAUUUGGCAGAAGCAUUUGAUUUUACAGGCUUAUCACCUGAGGAACAACAACUGUAUCUCAAAGGGCAAGAGUUUACUGUCAAUAACCCGCCUGAUUUUACAAAGACUAGGGGGAGAACAUUUUCUGUGGAGGAUGAACGGAUGAUUAAAGAGUAUGGGAUUAAUGUAUUCACCUUUGAAAUGGAAAAAGAUUUGUUGAAUCCUCAUUAUAUUGUUGCUGAUAAGACUGAAUUGAAUUUUAAUAAUAAUGAUUUACCUUAUUGCACCACAACAGCAAGUUUGAAUUACCCAUUACCAGUUAAGAACAGAGUGUAUUCUGAUACGAUAUACUUUGAAACAAAAGUUUUCGAGUUUAUUCAAGACCCCAAUUCAUCAACUCAACAUUUCUCCAUUGGGUUGAUUACAAAGCCAUACCCUACUUCAUUUAGAUUACCAGGAUACAAUAAAUUCUCUAUUGCUUAUGAGAGUACAGGUAACUUGAAAAUUAAUAAACCUUUCCCCACCCCAUUACAACAACAUCUUGGUGAACAAAGUCAAUAUAAUGCAUUAGUGUUGCCACCACUCCAAGAAGCCGAUGUAGUUGGAUUCGGUUAUGUCAUUCCAUCAGGCACAUUAUUUGUCACCCGUAAUGGAAAGAAGCUCUUAGAUGUGAUGAAGGGAUGCUUUGUUGAUUUAUAUCCUGCUGUUGGUUGUUUUUCAACUAAUGCCAAGUUCCAAGUCAACUUAGGUCAAAGUGGCUUUGUAUGGAUUGAAGCAAAUGUGAGAAAAUAUGGAUUUGUUUCCACUAGUGAUUAUAAGAAAUUGGGUGGCGAGAGAGGGCUAGCUAAUUUGCCUCAAUAUAACAAAGUGCUUAAAGAUAAUAGUGAUAAAUUACUUGAUAAAGGUGAAGAAUUACCGCCUAGGUAUAACCUGGAAGAAGAAUUGGAUUUCUUUGGAAGAAGUUCGAACGAUGUGACUAGAGUAGGGUCAAGUGCUCAACAUAUGAGAGUGAAUGAAAAGGUGACAUCCAGAAGUGGUGAUGCUGAUGAAGAUGAAGAUGAUGAGGUCAAGAGUAUUGAUAGGACACAUGUGACAAAUGAACCUGAAGAAAUCAUGGAUUUUAGAGAGAGAAUCUAUGAGCAGAAUAUUCGAAAUGAUGUACUGGAAGAUAACCGAUCAGAAUCAGUACCAUUGCUUUCCUCGAAAGGUGGUAUGGAGUAUGGAUCUAGUGGGAAAACGAAUAAGGUUUCAGAGGGCGAGCCUAGUGGGGCAGCUGAAGGGGAAAGUGCAACCAAUAAAACACAAGUUGAGCCAGAAACGGUCAUACCCGAAUUGCUGAUGAAGCCGGUUGAAACAGAGGGGACUCAAGUAGAGAGUGAGCAGUCAACUCCUCCUCCGGCUGAGUCUAGUGAAGCCCCACCUGCAGAACCUCAUGUAGCUGAUACCCCACAGGUUGAACAAGCUUCUUCAAAUGAAACGUCACCUGAUCCAAGUAGUCGAGAUGUGACACCUGGAGCUGAAGGUUCCUCUUCUAACCAACAAUCAAAGAACAAGUCAAGUAGCAAAAAGAAGAAAAAGUCAGGUAAGAAGGGUAACAAGAAGAAAAAAAGAAAGUAA